UCAUAGUUUCGAUCCAAGCUAUCAAGUAAUGUUGAAUAUGGUUGUCCCUUCUGUGAUGGUAGCCUUGCGAUCAUUGAUGGCAUAAUCAUCACUCAUAUUUUACAUCUUCAACACAAAAUUUCUCCCCUUUUCUGGUUUUCAGUGUUGGCAAUGUUGUAAAGUUUUAGCUGCAUGAGUUCUCAUAGACGGAAUUUCCGACAUGGCCGACUCCUACUCCAUUUACUCGAAAAGUGUUCAACCAUUCUGUCUUCCAAGACCGUUAAAUGUCUCCAUGCACUCUCCGUCACAAUUGGUCGCAUUCCAAAGCAAUCCAUUUUCGUUCACAACAACAUCCUCUCCUCAUAUAUUUCCCUUGGUGAAGUGCUCUACGCACGCAAGAUGUUCAACGGUAUGCCCCUUAGAACAAUUGUCUCUUACAACAUUCUCAUCACUGCAUAUUGUCGACUUGGGGAUGUGGAUGAUGCAUUGGACCUUCUCUCCCACAUGAGGAGGAGUGGUUUUGCGCCUACCCAGUACACUCUCACGGGGCUGUUGUCGUGUGAGUUCUUGAAUCUUUCGCUGGGUGCUCAGUUGCAGGCUUUGAGCAUCAGGAAUGGACUCUUUGAUGCUGAUUCUUUCGUAGGUACUGCUUUAUUGGGCUUGUUUGGGAGGCAUGGAUGUUGGGAGGAAGUUUUUUCUGCCUUUGAAUGUAUGCCUCAGAAGAGCUUGGUGACAUGGAACUCCAUGAUUUCCUUGCUGGGGCGUAAUGGGUUUGUUGAAGAGUGUAAAAUUUUUUUUCAUGAUCUUGUGAGGACGGGGAUGUCUUUGUCGGAAGGUUCUUUCGUUGCUGUGUUGUCUGGACUUGUUUAUUCUGAGGAAGAUUUGGAAUAUGGUGAACAGAUACAUGGGUUAAUGGUCAAAUGUGGGUUUAGUUGUGAAAUCACUGCACUUAAUUCUCUUAUCAGUGCGUAUGUCAGGUGCAAAGCAAUGUUCGCAGUGGAAAGAUUGUUUGAGCAGGUUCCUGUUCAGAAUGUUGUUUCCUGGAAUAUAGUUAUGGAUGCAUUGGUUAAAGGUGAGAGACCUAUGACGGCACUGGAGUUGUUUCUGAAUAUCUUAAGCAGAGGAUUGAUGCCAACUCAGGUCACGUUUGUUGCUGUUAUUGAGUCCUGUAGUUGCUUGAGAAUUCUGGUAUUUGGAGAAUCUGUCCAUGCUAAGGUAAUCAGGAGUGGCUUUGAGACUGAUGUUAUUGUGGGUACUGCAUUGAUAGACUUCUAUGCCAAAUGUGAUAAGCUUAUUUCAGCUCAUAAAUGUUUUGAUCAGAUAGAAGAGAAAAAUUUGGUUUCUUGGAAUGCUUUGAUAGUGGGUUACUCAAACAUUUGCUCUUCCAUUGCAAUUCUAUUGUUAAAAGAAAUGCUCCAAUUGGGUUAUUCCCCAAAUGAGUUUUCUUUUUCUGCUGUUACCAAGUCAUCUUCAGCGUCUAGCCUUCAUCAGCUCCACGGUUUGAUUAUAAGAGCAGGGUACGCAAGUAAUGAAUACGUAUUAAGCUCUCUUGUUAUGUCUUACACCAGAAAUGGUCUCAUAAAUGAAGCACUUUCUUUUGUCGAAGAAUUUGAGAACCCACUUCCUGUAGUCUCAUCUAACAUCAUUGCUGGAAUCUAUAAUAAAACCUGCCAGUACUACGAAGCAAUAAAGCUACUUUCUUUGCUAGAAGAACCGGAUGUUGCGUCCUGGAACAUUGUCAUUUCAGCUUGGGCUCGGAGCAAUGAUUAUGACAAGGUUUUUGCACUUUUCAAGCAUAUGCAUUCAGCAUGCAUCCUUCCAGAUAGUUACACAUUUAUGAGCGUAUUAUCUGGGUGUACCAAACUUUGUCGUCUGGAUUUGGGUAGUUCUCUACAUGGACUUGCUAUAAAGACUAAUCUUGGUAAUUUUGACACAUUUUUUGGCAACGUACUUAUUGACAUGUAUGGGAAGUGUGGAACCAUUGAUAGCGCAGUGAAAGUUUUUGAAGAAAUUAUGCACAAAAAUAUUAUUACAUGGACAACUUUAAUCACUGCACUUGGGUUGAAUGGUUAUGCUUAUGAGUCAGUAAUGAUAUUCCGAAACAUGGAAAUGAUGGGGUUGAAGCCUGAUGCAUUAGCACUCAGAGCAGUGCUUUCUUCAUGCAGAUAUGGUGGAUUAGUGGAAGAAGCCUUGGAAAUUUUCAGGCAGAUGAGAGCCACUAAUGGGAUGCCACUAGAAAAUGAUCAUUACCAUAUUAUGGUUGACGUACUCGCAAAAAAUGGACAAAUUAGGGAAGCUGAGAAAAUCAUUGCAAGCAUGCCUUUCCCACCAAAUGCCAGUAUAUGGCGUAGCUUUCUUGAAGGCUACAGGAUGCAAUAACUUGCUAAUUGACUUUUGUACAGCAAACGUCAUUAACCUUUUGACAGGAAUGCACUGAACAUAUUUUGCUGUUUGGUGGUUCAAUCUUUUGAUUUUGUUUAUUUUAGAAAACCCUUUUUGUGCAUGCUGUGUAUCCAAGCUUGUUUCUUCCUCUUUAGAAGUCAAAAUUCUAACUCAUCGUAUCAAGGACUUAGCUAUGAGAUUCAUAUGUUCCUUUAGCGUCCAUAUUGUUUCCUCUGGAAUUUGGAUAUUACAUGUGGCUGUUUGCUAUCAAAUCAUCUCAGUCAUCACAUAACGAUUCAUUCAUUAUAAUCGUUCCUAAGAAGUUUGGUUGAGACAAGCAGAAGAAUCCUCUUGAACCUGCAGAUUGGUGUGAAAAACAGGAUAGCAUCCCAACUAUUAUGGUUCAUGAUUCUAAUAUUUUAGCUGAUGCUUCCUCUUUUAACGAUGUUGUUUCUGAUGAUUUGAAUGUUAUUUCUGCUUCCAAUUUUGAUAAUGCUGAUUCUGACUUUAUGCCUGCAGUUCAAUAUGGUUUCAAUGAUGUACCUGCUUUUUACAUUAAUUUUACCGCUGUUGAUUUUCAUGAUAAUACUUCUUAUUGUUCUAAAAGUAUGGUUGAACCUGUGGUUGAUAAUCACACUGAUUUUAAUGAAAUAACUGUAGUUCACACUGAUUUUAUAGUUGUUGAUGGCUAUUAAGGCACUUUAUGAAACUUUUGCAGUUCAAGAUUUUGAUAAUGCUGUUGCUGAUUUUGAUACUUUUUUAUCAUAUAGAUAUUGAUCUUAUUAAGCCUAUUGCUGACACUGCUAUUACUGAUUUCACUUCCAAUGCUCUUGAUUUAGUUUAUGCUAUUGAUCAUAUUGAUAUACCUGCUGCUGUUUUUGAUCCAAAUGUUGAUGUUGCUGAUUGAUCUGAUUUUUACACAGUCUUAAUUGAUAACAACGUUGUAGUAGGUGGUGAAUUUCAUGCUUCUGUUCCAGGUCUUGAUGUUGUGGAUUUUAUUACUGCCACUGCUGAUUAUGAUUUUAAUGCUUCUGGUUCUGAUUUUUAAUGUUCAUUCUGAACUGAAUAAUGUGGCAGCUGUUGUUGCUGAUUUUGCAAUUGUUGAUGCUGAUAUUCAUACACCUCUCAUUCAACACAUUCAGAAACCUUCACUAGAUGAGGUGUUGCUGCUGCAACAGAAUUGGAAAGUCAUUGCGGAAAAGGAUAAAUUCCACAUAUUUGUUGAGCAUAAGGAAGCAAAGCUAGAGAGUCAUUUUCAAUUUUUUGUUUGCAAUAGUAGUAGUAGAAAUUUGAUAUUUUCUGUAGAUAGUAUAGGUAGUAAAUAUGAUAUGGUGAAUAGGAUGAUAGAAAAUAA